UCACUUGUCACGAGAAGCAUCCGCUUUCAAUGCACUUUGUCCCUUUCUGAAUCUCCCAAUUCCAAACCAGUAAUUAAACCCACUAUCCAAUUUCCAAAUCUCACCAAAAUCCCCCUUACCUACCAUUUCCUUUACCACCUUCGUUUCUCUCUCUAGAAAGAGAUCCAUCUUCUUCUUCUUCUUUCUCUCUCUAAAUUACGAUCACAAAUCACAAUAAUAAUGGCGGAUUGGGGUCCGGUAAUAAUAGCGACGGUGCUGUUCGUGCUGUUAAGCCCGGGGCUUCUGUUUCAGAUCCCGGCGAAGGGGAGAGUGGUUGAGUUUGGGAACAUGCAGACAAGUGGCGGCUCCAUAUUCGUCCACUCCAUCAUCUUCUUCGGCCUCAUCACCAUCUUCCUCAUCGUCAUUGAUGUUCACAUCUACACUGGCUAAGCUAAUUAUUAACCCGUACUGCUCUUAAUUAAUUUGCUCAUCAUCGAUUUCAAUUCUUCUGUUUUAUUUGCUUGUUUGUUAUUUAAUUGUAAACUUAAUUAAUUAGUUAAUGUAGAUUGUGUUUAUAUAUAUGAAUUAAAAAUGAGUGCAUUUCUAAAUUGAAUUGUGAAUUGCUGGA